UGGGAGAGAGAGAGAGAGAGAGAGAGAGAGGCGCGCUUGUGGAGUGGAAUUACCUAACCCUCCUCCUCUUCCUCCUCCUCCUCCUCUCUGUCUCUGUCUCUGUCUCUCUGUGUCUCUCCAUCGCCUAGCGAUCCCCCCCGCUGACCUCCCUCCCUCCCUCCGCCGAUCCGGGGAGCGCCAUGGAGCUGCGAGUCUCACCCAUCGAUCGGGGGAGCCGAGGUCGAGCAAGAGGAGUAUCUCAAUUGCAAGAUGCAACCCAAGAAUGUGAAUUGGUGACCUCUUCUCAGCUUUGGGUGUGCUUAUACUAAUGUCAGUCUUCAGUCACGGAAAACUCAGAAUAAGCAAGGUAAUACAUGAUAAUGCAUAUCCAAAUGGAUUCUUUUUGUGAGAGACCUCUGUAAAAGUUCUACUUAAUCAGCACUAUCACCACUACCAUCCUUCUUUUCUAUCUACUGCAUGGUUCUAUAUUCCGAGUCACUGGGCACUGAUGGUAGCCUUCAGAAGGGGAAGCUUCAAAUUGUCCACUUCCUCCUCUAACAAGAAGAUCUGGGCCUUGGAAAGCAACACUGCCUUUAGGAAAAAUGGUCUACGAAGACAAGCAUCUGGUUUCCUGCCACUGUUUCUUCCUGUUCGCCGCCAAAUUCUGGUGGAUACUCCCGAUGAUGCGAGGAACUCAUGGCCAGGAAUAUGCCCACUCCAUUCGACUCGAUGGAGAUAUCAUUUUGGGAGGACUGUUCCCUGUCCAUGCAAAGGGGGAGAGAGGAGUACCUUGUGGGGAACUCAAGAAGGAAAAAGGGAUCCACCGGCUUGAGGCAAUGCUAUAUUCAAUUGAUCAAAUCAAUAAGGACCCAGAUCUUCUUGCCAAUGUCUCCUUGGGUGUCCGGAUUCUAGACACUUGUUCCAGGGACACGUAUGCUUUGGAGCAGUCCUUGACAUUUGUGCAAGCUUUGAUAGAGAAAGAUGGAUCUGAUGUGAAAUGUGCUAAUGGAGACCCGCCUAUUUUCACUAAACCAGACAAGAUAACAGGGGUGAUAGGAGCAGCUGCAAGUUCUGUGUCCAUCAUGGUGGCUAAUAUUUUAAGGCUUUUCAAGAUACCUCAAAUCAGCUAUGCAUCUACAGCUCCAGAGUUAAGUGAUAACACCAGGUAUGACUUUUUCUCUCGGGUGGUACCUCCUGACUCCUAUCAAGCCCAAGCCAUGGUCGAUAUUGUGACAGCACUUGGAUGGAACUAUGUCUCAACAUUGGCUUCAGAGGGAAACUACGGGGAGAGUGGCGUCGAAGCAUUUAUGCAGAUCUCGAGAGAAAUAGGUGGUGUUUGCAUUGCUCAGUCUCUAAAAAUCCCUCGUGAACCAAGACCAGGAGAAUUUGAUAAAAUCAUCAAGCGCUUGAUGGAGACGCCAAAUGCUCGGGCAGUGAUCAUGUUUGCCAAUGAGGAUGAUAUCAGGAGGAUAUUGGAAGCAGCCAAGAAAGCUAAUCAAAGUGGACAUUUCCUUUGGAUUGGCUCAGACAGCUGGGGGUCUAAAAUCUCACCUGUUUAUCAGCAAGAAGAGAUUGCAGAAGGGGCAGUCACCAUUUUGCCCAAAAGAGCUUCCAUUGACGGUUUCGACAGGUAUUUUAGAAGCAGAACUCUGGCAAAUAACAGAAGGAAUGUGUGGUUUGCAGAAUUCUGGGAAGAAAAUUUUGGAUGCAAGUUGGGUUCUCAUGGAAAGAGAAAUAGCAAUAUAAAGAAAUGCACAGGUUUGGAAAGAAUUGCAAGGGAUUCUUCUUAUGAGCAAGAAGGAAAGGUCCAGUUUGUCAUUGAUGCUGUGUACUCCAUGGCAUAUGCACUGCACAACAUGCAUAAAGAUCUUUGUUCCGGAUAUAUUGGUCUGUGUCCCCGGAUGGCUACAGUUGAUGGUAAAGAGCUUCUUACUUACAUCAGAGCAGUAAACUUUAAUGGUAGUGCUGGAACACCGGUUGUUUUCAAUGAAAAUGGAGAUGCCCCUGGACGUUAUGAUAUCUUUCAAUAUCAACUAACCAAUCGAAGUGCAGAAUAUAAAAUAAUUGGCCAUUGGACAAACCAGCUUCAUCUGAAUGUAGAAGACAUGCAGUGGAGCAACAAAGAACAAACUCACCCCAUCUCAGUCUGCAGUAUGCCAUGCAAGCCUGGGGAAAGGAAGAAAAUGGUAAAGGGAGUGCCAUGCUGUUGGCACUGCGAGCGCUGUGAAGGAUACCAUUACCAAUUGGACGAGGUCACCUGUGAAAUGUGCCCAUUUGACAAGAGACCCAACAUUAACCGCACAGACUGCCAACAGAUUCCUAUCAUCAAGCUGGAGUGGCAUUCCCCCUGGGCUGUCGUACCUGUCUUUAUAGCUAUCCUUGGGAUCAUUGCCACCACCUUUGUCAUUGUGACCUUUGUGCGUCACAAUGACACACCUAUUGUCCGGGCCUCUGGGCGCGAGCUCAGCUAUGUCCUCUUGACUGGGAUUUUCCUCUGCUACUCCAUCACCUUUUUAAUGAUUGCAAGUCCUGAUACUGCCAUCUGCAGUUUCCGACGGAUCUUUCUAGGCCUUGGCAUGUGUUUCAGUUACGCAGCCUUGCUCACCAAAACCAACCGGAUCCAUCGAAUAUUUGAGCAAGGGAAAAAGUCUGUCACUGCUCCCAAAUUCAUCAGCCCAGCUUCCCAGUUGGUAAUUACUUUCAGCCUCAUCUCCGUACAGCUUGUAGGAGUAUUCAUCUGGUUUGGUGUUGACCCACCACACAUCAUAGUAGACUAUGGAGAACAGAGAACUCUGGAUCCAGAAAAUGCCCGUGGAAUUCUCAAAUGUGACAUUUCUGAUCUAUCUCUCAUUUGUUCUCUUGGAUAUAGUAUUCUCUUAAUGGUAACAUGCACUGUUUAUGCUAUUAAAACAAGAGGAGUUCCAGAGACCUUCAAUGAAGCCAAACCAAUUGGAUUUACUAUGUACACCACCUGUAUCAUUUGGUUAGCUUUUAUUCCAAUCUUUUUUGGAACUGCACAGUCAGCAGAAAAGAUGUACAUCCAGACAACAACACUAACAAUCUCCAUGAGUUUAAGUGCUUCUGUAUCUCUGGGCAUGCUCUACAUGCCCAAGGUUUAUAUUAUCAUUUUUCAUCCAGAGCAAAAUGUUCAAAAAAGAAAGAGGAGUUUCAAGGCUGUUGUCACAGCAGCCACGAUGCAAAGCAAGCUGAUCCAAAAGGGAAAUGACCGACCAAAUGGCGAGGUCAAAACUGAACUUUGUGAAAGUCUUGAAACCAACAAAAUGAAAAAAAGGAGCUGAGCAAAGUCAGAAGCCUAAGUCUGAAAAGAUUUAGAGCUUCCUCUUCCAAGACGACUUAUGUCAGCUACAACAAUCAUGCAAACUGAGUGGGGAAACCAAACAUACCUGAAAACUUGCAGUAUGUGAACUUUAAAAAAAAACCAAACCAACAAUGACUAUAACACCUUGAGAACUCAGCCUCUGAGAUGUCUCUAGAAAAUAGUCAAAACUGUAAAAGGACAAGGAUUAACUAUGCGCCCAAAGCAGGAGGGGCAGGUGGGUUCGAAGAGAAAUGACCCAGAAUUAUAUUAUAUGACUGAGUGUCAAAUGUCAGAACUGUUUACUAAUGAAAGAAGGUGAAUCACAAAAGCAAAACAAAAUGUUAGCUUGUGAAAAAAAUGCUGUUGAAAUAAAAACCAUGUCUGAUGUUAUACUUGUAAGUACUUUUUUGUGAUUGUGAGAAUUUCCAUUCCUGUUCCACACUUGUUCAAAUUGUAUAAGAAGAUGAAGUUUGUUUCUUGUGAUGGCUGACUGAAUUGAAGCCCUGCGUUGUGCUAAUGAUAAAUGCAAUGGUUGACGCAUGCACAUUUUUAUACAAAAUAAUUUAUUUCUAUUAAUAAAGGAAUGUUUUGCAAAUGUU